GCAGGUAUGAGCUGGGCUCGCGACCGAGUGGAUCUGCAUCGACCUCGGUACAAGAACAACAAUGUGGUGAGUCUUUCGUUUGAAGUGACAUGCGAGAUGGCCGACGAGAGCUCGCAUAUCUUACGUUGGUGCUGUCAAAAGAUGGGACCCCAGAGACAGUACUGUCCUUGUCAGCUCUGCGGCCGGCCGGCCUGAGUGUCGGCAAACGCACGAUGCGAAGUUAUUCAGCCUUUGUGUGGUUGCUCGCGACAGUCGGCAAAGGCGUGAUGCCAAUCUACUGUGGAUACCGUGCAUCAACAGGCUGCAAACCUGCCCAGGUGGAAAAGUUCGACUGACCAUGGACGACUGAAGUUACCGUGUGUUAUCAACCAGGUGAUCAGAGGGCUGAGUGGGAUUGGUUUCCGAGACAGGUCGCUACCAUCGAGUAUAUUCCAUGUCGCCGCCGGCGCAGUAAAGAAGAAGGUGGAGUCCUGAGCCUUCCAUGACAUCGCGGGCCCGGUAGUGCGUCCCAUCAGACUGUCAAUGCUAGACCAGUCGAGGGUGCUCACAAAUGGAUGGCCACAUCCGUCCUUGUUUACUCGGACACUCCUCCGCCUCAGGCAUUUGCCUGAAGUUUGGAUGGCGCGUCUCGAGUGAGGCCGUAGUUGACCGCGUUGGUGGGCCUAGUACACCUGGGCAUAGGAAUUCCAGCUUCUCCACGGGGGAUUUGGCCCGGACGCACCGUGCCUUCAGUACUGCAUGUGGGCCAUAUGUCUGGCGUGGAUGUCAGUUUGAUACCUCAAUGUCGGGAGCCACAACUUUCCCAUCUCAAGGCGCGAUCAGGGACCCUCGGUCACUCACUCUCACCUGGGUGCUCUCUCACUCGGGUUGAUGGGUGGUGUGUCAGCACAAAGAGGAGAACGUUUGUGUGCUGACGGCAGUCUCAUUCCUUAGAGUUUGAUCGAUCUGGCCAUGGCCGUCCGUGAAAAUGGUAGGAUCGAGCCAGGUAAUCAGCAAGGACUACUGAACGGUUUGUGCGACGAGAUGGAGGUCCGUGGUGUAUGAUAUUAUCGCCGAAGACGCAACGGGAACGGAGCCACGGUUCAGAACGGAGGUCAGACUAGCUCCGAUGGACACUACCGCCCGGGUGCCAGGCGGGCUUUUGCAGGUGCUCUAGUGGCGAGCCUGUCUGGUUAAACGCCGACGUGAGGAGGGAGCAUCCCCUGUUAUUGCCGAUGACGUGAUGUGUUUAUCGACCUCGGGAUGGUGGGGCUCUCGGUGCCGUAAUGCCUGAAUGCGACUGCGCUUGAAGAGCUCGGCCUGUAUAAUCGCGAGGGGUGUGUGGAGGGCAUCGUCUAAACAUAUAUAUACCUCUUGGUAUGCAUGUGUGUACCGGCAUAUAUAUGUGUGUGCACAUAUCCUAGGAAACAACACUGCUCCAGAAUAAACAAGACCACGUAGAUAAGUCAACAACAAGACCAAAACCAAAGACCGACCCAUCCAACCCAUCAUCAAUCCAAUAUGACCAAAGUCCUUCUCACCGGUGGCUCUGGCUUCAUCGCUGCCCACGUCCUCGAGCAGCUCCUGGCGCGUGGCCACAAUGUCGUGACCACUGUUCGUUCCGACGACAAGGCGGCCAAGAUCCACGCCGCCCAUGCUAGCCUCGGCAAGGACCGCCUGGAGACGGCCAUCGUGCCCGAUAUCGCGAAGCCUGACGCCUUCGACGAGGUCGUCAAGACCCCAGGCAUCGAGGUCGUCCUCCACACAGCAAGCCCAUUUCAUUUCAACAUCACAGACCCCCAGAAGGACCUUAUCGACCCCGCCGUCAUCGGCACCACCAGCAUCCUGAAGGCCAUCGCCAAAUCCGCCCCAGCAGUGAAGCGUGUCGUCAUCACCUCAUCCUUCGCCGCCAUUCUCGACGCCUCAAAGAUAAACGACCCCAACACCACCUUCACCGAGAAGUCCUGGAAUCCCGUGUCCAUCCAGGACAUCCACAAGGACAGUGCCACCGCCUAUCGCGCCUCCAAGAAGCUCGCUGAGGAGGCUGCCUGGGACUUUGUCGCAGACAAGUCCAACAACGCCAAGUUCGACCUCGUCACCGUGAACCCGCCCAUGGUCUUUGGCCCUGUUGUACACCACCUCGCCAGCCUCGACACCAUCAACACCUCUAACGAGCGCAUUGUCGCUCUCGCACGGGGCAAGUGGAAGGAGGCCGGCGCCGUGCCCCCGACUGGAGUGUCCAACUGGGUCGACGUGCGCGAUGUCGCCAGGGCGCACAUCCUGGCCUUCGAGAAACCCGAGAUUGGCGGCCACAGGCUCUUCACCACCGCGGGCUCAUACUCCAACAGGGGCAUCCUGGAUGUAGCGAGGAAGAACUUCCCAGAGCUCCAGGACAAGCUGCCAGCAGAGGAUGUUCAGGGCGGUGAGCCCGCCCCGGCGGACACAACUUACAAGUUUGACAACUCGGAGACCACCAAGCUGCUGGGCUUCGAGUGGAUCCAGAUCGAGACGACCGUGGUCGAUACUAUCAAGAGCCUGAAGUCCUUCCUCUAGCGAAGCUGUCGGGGUUGCGAUUGGUUGACCGUAAACAGGCUGUCGCACUUUCUUGUGCGCCACGUCAUCAUGGAUAGCGGCCAAGGAGGCUGAGACAUAUUCAUACAAUCCUUCUAUUUCAUGCCCUUACUCUGCGUAUGCACUGUGAUAUGACAGGAGGAACGCUGCGAGCCUGACUUGGACCGCGCCGAAGGUGGAUGCAUAUUGGAACACAUACCCAACCAGAACGAUGUGAUAUGUGAUAUCGACUUCCUGACAACGAGGACAACCUUGCUGUAUUCAU